UGUGGGAGGAGGAGUUCUAACAGUCUGUGAGCUUCAGGAGGACUAACGGACACGGACCGGUGGAGUUUCACAGUUUUCGGGGGUUUUCACAAUGCGGGAAACUAAACUUCCCCCAGUCAGCUGACAUUAUGAACAACUAUGAUAAUAACAACUUUAGGAUAAAACACAGAUAGUUGGACUCAGUCAGUGACGCAGCGUGUAUCUAUAACGACCACUAGGACUCAACCUGCUAGGCUGAGAGAGACAGCUUCCACCAUGGUGCAGGAGUACCAGUCCCCUGUCCGGGUCUACAAGGUCCCCUUUGAGUUAAUAAUGGCGGCCUAUGUGAGGCGGUUCCCAAAGUCCCAUCUGAUCCCAGUGUUUGUGAGCAGUGAGAUCAUCAGCGAAUGCCAAAGCAAGGACGGAUCCACCUUGGUCACUGAGAGGCGCUGUGUGAUCGACAUCGAGGCCCCACGGCUUCUUAAACGGAUUGCUGGCGUAGACUACCUGUACUUUAUCCAAAAGAACACUCUGAACCGCAGAGACAGGACGCUCCACAUCGAGGUCCGCAACGAGACCUUUUCCAGCAGGGUCAUUGUCUGCGAGUGCUGCAACUACACAGUUCAUCCAGAGAAUGAGGACUGGACGUGCUUCGAACAGACAGCCAGUCUGGACAUUAAGUCCUUUUUUGGCUUUGAGAGCACGGCAGAGAAGCUAGCUAUGAAACAGUAUGCUAGCAGCAUUAAAAAGGGUAAAGAAAUAAUUGAGUACUACCUCAGAGAGCUGGAGGAGGAAGGAGUAACUUACAUACCUCGUUGGACCCCCCCUGUUGUCUCUGGCACUGCCAGGCUCCAGCUGUUGCCCCGCUCCACUGCCAGAGCCAUCCCAGUGAACAGUGUUAAGACCGGACUGGACAGUAAAGAGCCGGCCUGUCCCACAGAGCUAGUGGCUGGCUCUCCCGACGACAAGUUGGAUGCCGACUACAUCAGACGUUACCUAGGUGAUUUAACGCCUCUGCAGGAGAGCUGUCUCAUCCGACUGCGCCAGUGGCUCCAGGAAACCCACAAGGGCAAGAUUCCAAAGGAUCAGCAUGUGCUGCGCUUCCUGAGGGCCAGAGACUUCAACCUGGACAAGGCCAGGGAGUUCUUAUGCCAGUCGCUUACCUGGAGGAAGCAGCAUCAGGUGGAUUUCCUGUUAGACACGUGGGAGCACCCGCAACUGCUUCAGGACUAUUACACUGGCGGCUGGCACCAUCACGAUAGAGACGGCCGUCCUCUGUAUAUCUUGCGUCUGGGCCAAAUGGAUACUAAAGGCUUGGUGCGAGCCUUGGGAGAGGAGGGGCUGCUGAGACAGGUCCUGUCCAUCAACGAGGAGGGACUGAGGCGCUGUGAAGAAAACACCAGAGUCUUUGGUCGACCCAUCAGCUGCUGGACUUGCCUGGUGGAUCUGGAGGGUCUUAACAUGCGUCACCUGUGGAGGCCAGGCGUCAAGGCUCUGCUGAGGAUCAUCGAGAUGGUGGAGGCCAACUACCCCGAGACUCUGGGUCGCCUGCUCAUCCUGAGGGCGCCCAGGGUUUUUCCAGUGCUAUGGACCCUGGUGAGCCCCCUGAUUGAUGAAAACACCCGUAAGAAGUUCCUUGUUUACGCUGGAAACGACUACCAGGAUCCAGGAGGAUUGGUGGACUAUAUCGACAAAGAAAUCAUCCCUGACUUCCUGGGAGGGGACUGCAUGUGUGACAUCCCUGAGGGAGGUAUGGUCCCCAAAUCUCUGUACAGGACAGCAGAAGAGCUGGAGAGCGAGGAGAACCGCCUGCUGACUGACUCCAUCUAUAAGAGUGCCAGUGUUUUCAAGGGAGCCCCAUAUGAGAUGCUGAUCGAGAUCACCGAGGCAUCCUCCGUCAUCACCUGGGACUUUGACGUGUCUAAAGGAGACGUGAUCUUCAACAUCUACCAUUCAAAGAGGGCCCCGCAGCCCCCUAAGAAAGACACUCUGGGGGCCCACGGCAUCACGUCCCCGGGGGCCGUCAACGCCCAGAUGAUAGACAGGAACUGGGUGCUGGGCCAGGACUACAGCAUGGUGGAGAAGGCCCUCACCUGCAGGGAGGGAGAGAGUGUACAGGGCUCCCACGUAACGCGCUGGCCCGGCUUCUACAUCCUCCAGUGGCGCUUCCACAGCUCCCCGGCCUGCACCGCCUCCAGCCUGCCUCGCGUGGAUGAUGUGCUGGCCUCGCUGCAGGUCUCCUCCCACAAGUGUAAGAUCAUGUACUACACCGAGGUGCUGGCCUCCCAUGACUUCAGGGGAUCCAUGACCAGUCUGGAGUCUAGUCAUAGCGGUUUCUCCCAGCUCAGUGCUGCCACGACUUCCUCUAGCCAAUCACACGCCAGCUCCACCGUCUCAAGGUAGCAUCUGCACGCCAAAGACGGCAGUGACCUUAAACUUACUGACACCAUCCUCCGACUGUGCCUUAAUGCCUCCAAAGAGAGAUACUCACACUCUUUAAUGAGAAUUUGAAGGUGAGGAGAGUAUUAUGGAUAUGUUUAUAAAUAAAUAAAUACAUGUUUUUAUUAUUAUUAUUUUCGUAGGAUCAAUAAUGUUUCACGGACCUCUGCCUCUAGGGAAUUAUGUAUUUAAAGUAUCAGUUUCCUGUCCAUAUGAUGCCUCUUUUAUUUGAAUAGUAGUAGUGUACAUUAUAACAAAUUUCACAGAGUAAAUGUUGAAUAUCUCACUUGCAGUUACAGUAAAUGUGUGUCCAUAAUACCUGCUGUGCAUCGGCUGGAUCAAUAAAAUGCAAAAUGAAGUGCCUCACACAAAACAGCAGUUUUUACACAAGAUGAAAUGAGAUUUAAAGUAAAAGUAUCUGAACGAGCGCACGUGGCUUCCGUCCCCUGAAGUUGCUUUUAUUGUCCACAAGAUGUCAGUGUACUCUGCGACUUAACUGCUCUCAGGUCUGCAGUGUACUCGGCACAUAUAUACGUUCUCACUCACACACUUUGUCUGGUCCUCUAAGAAAUGGAAAGAAGAAUUGUUUGAAUAAAGAAUUUAUCACAAGCAUUAA